AUGCACUCAUCUGUAAGGGGAAGAACAGAAAGAACAAGGAUCGAGCUCAUGAGGAUACUCAUUCUCUUAUCGCUACUCAUCACUCUUACCACUGCUCUCAAGAUCAACAAUAAACAAGCGUUAGCGCAGCUGAUUGCCUCUCAGAUAAGGACCCGUAUUCAGUCUGAUCUUGUUUUUAAGAUAUCAGCAUCUAUCACCCAAACAAUGAAGACCCAUGUGUCUGUCCAACUCGAGACAUCCCAAGGUAUGGCUCAGAUCCAACAACGCCAUAUCGAUGCUAUCCAGACAGCAGCAAUAAGUGGGCUUGAAGUACGCUUAUCGAAUGCAUUAGAAGCAGCAUUGGGCAAGGUUAUUUCUUUACCAAAGGUGAUGCAGCUGAUGCCCUUUAUGCCAAAAAACAGGCGUCAACUGAGACGUGUCAUGACCCAAGCAGAGACGUUAGCUCGUUCUCAGAUUCAUGAAGCAUUACCCGACAUAGAAAAGGCACUACAUUUAUAUAUAGACACUCAUAUCGAAACACAUAUUCGACAUCUGGCCCUCAAUAUCCCAGGCCUAAUGAAACUACAGGUUAAUGUGGACAUAAACCUGUCUGGAUCUGUUAAGACAAUCAUCAAGUCAAUGUGUCAGUCACUCAGCUGUAGAAUCUUAUUUAAGCCAUUUUUAUUAUAA